AUGCUCGAUCCAAGACCCUGCUGCUCCGACCCGCCCCCUCCGCCUAUCUGCCAGAUCGCUGCUGGAUGUAAAAACCCUUGCGCAUCCAAGAAGAAUGCCCGGGGACACUUCAAGGGCUGUCAAGCAUGUCUCGAUAGGAGAAACAGCCUCCCUUGUAAUCUGAAAAGAAAAGGUAUUUCAGCCGAUGAGCAUAUGACAAAGAAGCAGCGUUGCCUGGCGUCAGACAAGAAAGGGAAGGCAACGCCCGAGAAGAAGGUGAUCCUCGGUAGGAUAGGAUCAGUCGAUACGGGGGCGAAUACCAUGCUAGUCAACACCCGUACUCAAGGCAACUGGGAGCUUGCUAUUCACAACCACAACGCUGUCGUUGACGAGUUCAACUAUCUCGUCGCGGCUGCUUCUACAUUCGUUACCAAGCCCCUUUCCACUACUCCACUGGCAGUGCUACGUCCCACCAACAAGGGCCUGGACUUGUUACACAAGACUCCCGCCCUCUAUCAACUCGGCAUAUCCAGACCCAUCACUUCCGAUGCAUCACCGAGCACCAUUGCUAAAGGUUUCUUGCCGGAAGGAUGGACAGAAGAUACCGAGCUAGAAGUUCAGGAUAUGAGCCAGCUUCCAAAGGCACUUGUCGAGGGCACGAAACCCCCUGAGACAAGGAAUAUCGCACUUGGAGAGGCUCUUACACAGUUUGACACGUCGGCCAAGGGAUACAAUUGCCUCGAGAUCCCUGGGUCACCUCUCCAGAAUGCCCAGGAUUGUUUCAUGCAUGAUGUGUUGGCUUACAACAUAGGAAUGCGGCACAUCAAGAAGAAUAAGACUUUGUUGAAGAACUACACUGCAGGCACGAUCAAAGGUGAUCAUGAGGAUGGUAGUGGAUGUCUCACUAUGCUUGAAGUUGAUUACGGUCUUAAAGUAUGGACUAUCUUUUGCCCCGAUGAAGGCUCUGCGGAACACCUUAUCCUUCGGCCCGGAGACUGCCUUACUCCUCACAGUGUCUACACCCCCGAACCGACCCUCUGUUCUGGACAACAUUUCCUCCAUUACGACUCUCUCAAGGCUAUCUACAAGGGAGCGGCCCGCCAGGCAAAGGAGCCCAUCAGCAAUGAAUACAUUCCAGCUGUCGGUCUGCUGCUGUGUUUCAUGGCUCUAGCACUGGCAGAUGAUUCUUUUGUUGAACGCCUUCAAUUGGGUCCCAAACUUGGCCAAUAUGCGGCUGAGUUGGAUACCAUGCUGCAAUCGUAUGACCUGCUAUUUCCAGUCCCGCCAGCAACUCAGAAGGAGGACACAAAGCUAUAUCUGGGGAUCAAAGACGCCAUUCAGUACACCAAAGACCUCGCCCUCAAGACCUUGGUAGAGAUCAAAAGACGUGUUUGCCAAUCCGAUGAAUCUAUUGGGGAAUUUGGCCCUUCCGCAAUUGAUUUGCGGCCCCCUGUCCCGUCCAUGUACACUCGACUCGGUCUCCUGGCCCAAAUCGCCAUCCUUGAGACAGUAAUGGCGGGAUUCGCGAUUUGGCUCUCAACGCCGCGUCCACGCACUCGGAUUCGUCCUCUUCGUCCCUGCUACCACCGGUUCUCGAUUCAAGUUGUCGCGGCCUUCGCCAAGUGGUAA